UACCCGGGAGUACGAAAAAGCGCGUUCAAAAUUCAUCGAAAACAUCGCAAAACUGACAAUAAUGACAGUUGGAGCACCAUAACCUCAAAAUGGACGAAGGAAUUUCAAUCUACGGUCUCGAAUUUCAGGCCAGAGCAUUGGUAUCUCAGCUGGCUGAAAAUAGCGAAAUCCGCUUCUUCAUAGCUACACAGAGCCUCAAACCGAAUAAUCAAAUACACCUGCUGGAAGUGAAUGAAGAUGGGGAAACUGCCCUCAAGUCAAAGAUUUAUUCUCAUCCACAUGGAGAAGUGUGGAAGCUCAACAGUAGUCCACACGAUGCGAAUCUUCUGUUGUCUUGCUGCAAUAGCCAGAAAGGGAGCCAUGUGUCUAUGCAGACCGUUCUGCUGAGACUCCCGGAUGAAGAUACUCCGGCAGAAGGAGAGGAAUUUCUCAAUUUCAAAGAAGCAGAAAUACUUCCGUUGGAAGGGCAUGGGAAUGAUGUCAAAACCACAGAAUUCCAUCCUGUGGAUGCAAAUGUUUUGGCCACAGUGGUAGAUGGAAAGGUGCUGCUAAUGAAUAGGGCAGAAAGCCACACGAAAGUCGUGGCUGAAAUUAAUUCAAAGAACUGUCCAAAACUGACGGGAGGAAAAUGGUCACAGCAUCAUCAGGGAAAUCAAUUUAUUACACUCCAUGAUUGUUCCAUACGUUCAUAUGACAUCAGGGAUGCCAAUCACGUCGCCUGGACCAUCGAAGAUGCCCACGCUCAGCUCGUCCGGGACAUCGACUGCAAUCCUAACAAGCAGUGUCACCUAGUAACAGGUGGAGAUGAUGGGUGCAUCAAGAUUUGGGACAGUCGCAGUACCAAGGAGGCAGUUUUUAUGCGAUCCGAUCAUUCUCAUUGGGUUUGGAGCGUACGAUUCAACACAUUCCACGAUCAGCUAAUUCUGUCCAGCAGUUCUGACAGCAAAGUCCUCCUCACAUGCGCCUCCAGUGUUAGUUCAGAGGCUCACACUGAGGACAUGCCAAAUCUAACUGAUUCAGGGGGCAAGGAGAGACUUCAAGAUGGACUACUGCAGACCUUUGAGCAGCAUGAGGAUUCUGUGUACUGUGCCGAAUGGAGCAGUGCAGAUCCCUGGACUUUUGCCUCUCUCAGUUAUGAUGGACGCGUGAUCGUAAGUAAAGUUCCACGUCAGUAUAAGUACCAGAUCCUUCUUUAAAUAUUUUUUUUCUUUAAAAAAGAAAUUUCAUAUUAAUAAUAAAUAAAUUAUAUCUAGCCUCUAAUGAAGAUUAUCUUUUGAAUUGUCCGUUGAUUAAAUAAUUAUAAAUAAAUAAAGUUACAUCGUAUUAGGGUAAAUGUACUAUUUCAAAA